UUGCCUACAAAGAAAUAUAUAUAUAUAUAUAUAUAUAUAUAGAGAGAGAGAGAGAGAGAGAGAGAGAGAGAGAGAGAGAGAGAGAAGAUGGAGCAGGAAAAGAAGGAGAAGGAGAAGAAGAAGGUGAUGGUGGCAAUUGAUGACAGUGAGUCUAGUCACUACUCGCUUACUUGGGCGCUUGAAAACCUGGCCGACACCAUACGCAAUUCUGAGCUUGUUGUGUUCACUGUGCAGCCCACCAACAGUGAUUUUGCUUACACUUAUGCUUCCAGUUUCGGUGCUGCCCCUCCUCAGUUGAUAGAAUCUAUCCUAGCAAACCACAAGAAGUUCGCAUUGGCUUUAUUAGACAAAGCUAAAGACAUCUGCGCCAACCAUGGGAUUGUUGCAGAGGCAGUGACAGAGUUUGGGGAUCCUAAAGAGGGUAUAUGUGAAGCAGUGGAGAAACACAACAUCAAGUUACUUGUAUUGGGCAGCCACGGCCGGGGAGCUGUAAAAAGGGCUUUGCUGGGAAGCGUAAGCAACUACUGUGUUCACAAUGCUAAGUGUCCUGUUCUUGUUGUGAGGAAACAGGAAUGAAAACUCUUCUGCUAUAUGCUCGAUGCUCGAUGCUCGAUCCAGGUCCGGGGAAUGUUUAUUUCUACAAGUGAUUUUUAUUAAAUCAACUUUAACUUGCAUAUCCUGGAAGGAAAAGAGAAGAAGUUCUUUUCAUUUCAUAUGUUGCUUGGUGUGAUUGAAAUAAAAGUCCUGUCGAAACAUAAAAGCUAUGAUUGAAUAAAGCAAAAAUUAGUUAAUUCUGCUUCAGUUUUAA